AUUUAACUCAUAUUUUUCUUCUUUUACCUUUAAAUUAAUCUUAUAACUUUAAUAUUCUAAAUUCCCUCACUUCUUCUUCCUCGCACCACACGACGACGCUAGACCCUCCCCCAUUCUUUUUUUUCCCUUUAAUUCCCCUGACGCCAUUCCGCGAAAUUUCGCUCUUAUAUCCCACGACCUCGUUUCCAAUCUUUUUUCUUAAUUGAUUCUGAUUCUGAUUUCUUUCUCUUUUUCUCUCUCCCUAUAUAAAAGACAUUCGCAGUCUUUUUUACAUUAAAAGAAUAAUCAUUUUUGCACUGCCACGUGAGUGCCGUGUGGCGAAAGAGUAAACAAAACCGUUACUCCCUGCCGAUGGCGAUCUCCGAUGUGCCUGCAGCCGCUGGCACGACCGCCACUACCACCAGCGACUCAGAUCUCCGACAGCCUUCUCUGCGGCGCAGGUCCUCCGCCGGAGUCCUCUUCGACGCUGCCAGAGAUUCCGGCUCCGACAAUUCCCUGACCGGCAAAAUCACCGACGACGACAACAUCAAAGAUCACAAGCCGAAUAAUCACGCAGCCUCCGACGACAAUGUGGGCGCCGCCGCCAAUGACGCUGGGCAGGAGCACCGACAACCGGUCGCCGAUUUCAAAUACGCUUACCGUCCCUCCGUUCCCGCGCACCGCAGAAUCAAGGAGAGCCCCCUUAGCUCCGACAACAUCUUCAGACAGAGUCAUGCAGGACUGUUCAAUCUCUGCAUAGUAGUGCUUGUUGCCGUGAACAGCAGACUUAUCAUUGAGAAUUUAAUGAAGUAUGGUUGGUUGAUCAAGUAUGGCUUUUGGUUUAGUUCAAAAUCAUUGAGAGAUUGGCCUCUCUUCAUGUGCUGUCUUAGUCUUGCCAUAUUUCCACUUGCUGCCUUUGUUGUGGAAAGGUUGGCACAACAAAAGUGUAUUUCUGAACCAGUUGUUGUUCUACUUCAUCUAAUAAUAUCAACUGUUGAACUGUGCUAUCCGGUUUUAGUAAUACUCAGGUGUGAUUCUGCUUUUGUAUCUGGUGUCACGUUGAUGCUAUUAACUUGCAUUGUGUGGUUAAAAUUGGUGUCAUAUGCACAUACAAACUAUGAUAUGAGAGCACUUACUGUUUCGAAUGAAAAGGGAGAAACAUUACCCAAUACUUUGAUUAUGGAGUAUCCGUACACUGUGACCUUCAGGAGUUUGGCAUACUUCAUGGUUGCUCCUACAUUAUGCUAUCAGACAAGCUAUCCUCGCACACCUUCAGUUCGAAAGGGUUGGGUGUUUCGUCAACUUGUCAAGCUGAUAAUAUUUACAGGAGUUAUGGGAUUUAUAAUAGAACAAUAUAUGAAUCCUAUUGUACAAAACUCAACUCAUCCUUUGAAGGGAAACCUUCUAUAUGCCAUUGAGAGAAUUCUGAAGCUUUCUGUCCCAAAUGUAUAUGUGUGGCUCUGCAUGUUCUACUGCUUUUUCCACCUUUGGUUAAAUAUACUUGCAGAGCUUGUUCGAUUUGGUGAUCGUGAGUUCUAUAAAGAUUGGUGGAAUGCCAAAACUGUUGAAGAGUAUUGGAGGAUGUGGAAUAUGCCUGUGCACAAAUGGAUGGUUCGCCACAUAUAUUUUCCAUGCUUAAGGCGUGGUAUACCCAAGGGUGCUGCUUCAUUAAUUGCAUUCCUGGUUUCUGCUGUGUUUCAUGAGUUAUGCAUUGCCGUUCCUUGCCACAUGUUCAAGUUGUGGGCUUUUAUAGGAAUUAUGUUUCAGGUUCCUUUGGUCUUGAUCACUAAUUACCUCCAAAAUAAAUACAGAAACUCAAUGGUUGGAAAUAUGAUUUUUUGGUUCAUAUUUUGUAUUCUUGGUCAACCAAUGAGCGUACUAUUGUACUACCAUGACUUGAUGAAUAGAAAAGGAGAAGUUGACUAAGGUAGCAUUACACUGUUCAUGUGGAUGAGCUUUUGCGUUUUCUGAGUAAAAUCGAUGUUGAUAUGUUGGCUUCUUUGUUUUGUAUGGGGAUCACCACCUGUUUUGAUAGUGAGUCCUCUGGGUUGCAUUUCCAUGUUAAUUGCCUAGUCUUUCGAGCUUAAUUCAUCUUGAUGUAUUUCUUUGACUUAGUUGCUUUGGCGCUUUUAUCAUGAAAGCAAUUUUGGAAGCAAACUAA